AACCACGGAGGAAGCCAGAAACGUACGGAGAACCUUGCGAAAUUGUUGAUUUGCAUAUAUCGGAAAGGUCAAUAUUUCAUAUUGCACCACGGGAGGGAGAAAUACAAAAUGGCGGCGCCCAUGGAAGAUGAUGAGCCUGUCAGCUCGGACGAUUAUUAUUCGCUCCUGAACUGUCCCAGAACGGCGACCCAAGAUGAGCUGAAGGCAGCCUACAGAAGAUUGUGCAUGGUGUACCACCCCGAUAAACACAGGGAAGACGAAGACAAGCAGUUGGCAGAACAACUCUUCAACCAAGUCCACACGGCAUAUGAAACUCUUAGCGACCCCCAGAAGAGGACGAUCUAUGACAUCUACGGUAAGAAGGGUCUGGAGGUGGAGUGGGACGUGGUUCCCAGGACACGGACGCCGCAGGAGAUCCGAGAGGAGUACGAGAGACUACAGAAGGAACGGGAGGAGCGCAGACUACAGCAGAGAGCCAACCCGAAGGGCACCAUCAGUGUGAAGGUGGAUGCUACUGAUGUCUUUGAUCAAUACGAUGGUUACGAAGAGGAGGAAAGGAGGUUUCCCCGUGUUGAGAUCUCCCAGAUGGGGAUCUCCCAGUCAGUGGAGAUGCCUCUCACCAGUAAGGACACAGCCACCCUGUCAGGCAGCCUGCAGUCCCAGAACGGGAUGGGAGGGGGCACUGUGAACUGCUCCCUGCGUAGAAUCACAUCAGACCAGGGAUGGGCUGAGUUUGAAGUCGGAGCAGGAGAAGGACUCUUUUUGGGCCUGAAAGGACACAGAGUGAUAUCAAAAGGCUGUUGGGGCCAAGUAUCAGGUAUACUACAGUCUACACCCCGUGGCUUCAGACCUGGACUAAACACAGUUGUUUCUCGGCAGUUGGAUAAGAACACGGCAGGUUUCCUGGUGUGGAGGUGGGGCAUGGCGUCCAACAUAACCACACAGAUCGUCCGCACUACUACUGCUAGCUCAUUCACCGCUUCUGUACAGCUGGGCAUCCCUGUCUGUUUCAUGUCAGCCAGCUACACCUACAAAGUACAGGACGAGGACCAGACAAGCUACAAGGUGGUGGCCAAAGCUGGGACGUUUGGAGCAGUGCUUGAGUACGGAGGGGAGAAGAAGAUCAGCACUCACAGUCGACUGGGCGCGUUUGUGUCGAUUGGGGUGCCGACUGGAGUCAUGGUCAAAGUCAAGUUGAAUCGAGCCAACCAGAUGUACCUGUUUCCGAUCCACCUGUGCCACGAGAUUGCACCCAACGCCGUGUUCUACGGGUCAGUCGUUCCCGUGCUGGUCUACUUUGCCAUGAAGAAACUCGUUAUGGACCCCUAUCUCAGGAGACAAAAGGAAGAAGAUCUGGAGAAGAAGAAGGAAUCCUCAAUGAAGGAGACGUUGGAAAAGAAGAGAGAAGCAGAAUCAGCUGUGAGGUUAAUGCAGGCAACAGUACAAAGGAUAGUGGAAGCUGAGGAAGCCAAACAAGGCCUUGUCAUUCUGAGUGCCUGGUAUGGGAAAUUGGUGGCAACGGAAAACAGAGGUGCAGAGCCAGGGAAGGUGAUUGACGUGACAGUUCCGCUGCAGUGUCACGUCAAGGACAGUAAACUCAUCCUCACUGAGACCUCAAAGACUGGGUUACCUGGGUUCUAUGACCCAGCAGUCGGUGAGGACAAGAGUCUGAGGGUCGUGUACAAGUUCCACAGCGUCAUGCAUGAGGUCACAGUAGAGGAUGAUCAGCCGCUCAGAAUUCCCAAACAAUCUCACAGAAUUCCUGACCCGAGCUAGCGGACAUCCAAUGAGGAGUGUUGCAGAAGUAAAUAGUACAGUGUUAAAUGUAUGUACAGUCUCUCUCACUGGCAGUGGCUGGCUUGGCCCCUGCCUAAGAGCUUCAGGUCAUUCACCUCAAAAACAGGAGACUAAUUUCAAAUUUGAGAAGUACCAGUAGCUCAGGAUACAUGUACAUUGUAGGAUAGUUUGAACAGUCACAACUCUUAGUCUUACACUAUUCAUCUGGGGCACAACAAGUGCAUUGAUUGUUUCAGCGAGUGAAAAGUCUUGGUGUUUCCUCUGAAGAAGUUACGAAGAGUCUUUCAAAAGCUAUUUUAAAGAGACUUGUAUUUUCUCUCAUAUUUCACUUAAAAUCUAUUUUAAGGAGCUUCAGUGAAAUUUUCAAAAACUUAAAGUUUUUUUGUUUUUGUUACUAUGCUGCUCCAUUUUUUUUUAUAAAGAAAACGAUUCAUAAAGCAAUAGUGGAAUUUUUGUUGCCCCUAGCAGACGUCGGUACGUAACAUACAAUGAAAAGCUCCAUAAUGUGGCCCAAUCACAUCUCCUCAUUACCAUAUGUGGUAUGGGAUGGACCAAUCAGCAACUCAUCACCAUAUGAUUAUUUGGACCUGGCCAAUCAGAUGCAUUUCUUAUGGAUUCUUAUUCAGUAUGGCUAGAAAUGGACCAAUCAGGUUGCACCUUUUCUUCUUAUGGAUAGUAAUGAUUAUGAUGGGGUAAUGAGAUUUCUUUUUGAAUAUUGAGAGAAAAAUGCAAGCUGAUCUGAAACCUUUCUGUAUUGACAGAAAUAUAACUUAGUACUACAUUUCAUGAAAAAUAAAAUGCUAGGUACAUAUAACAUACAUGUAGUCAAUAGGUCACGUACAUACAUGUUCUUAAUGUGAAUAGAAUGUCCCAAGGUUUCAAAAGAGAGUUAUUUAAAAUUAUAGCAGUCUUGUUUACUCUUUUCAAACUUGUUACAUUUGAUGCAGCAACUUACUUGUAUUGAAUUUAAUAUUGUGUAUUAAACAAUUUCAAUAUA